UGAAGGCACUGGGACAUGUUUUGUGUGCUAAGCUGUAUGUACUAGUUUUUGAUGAUCUUUUGCACUGUAGAACAUAAUCAUGAUUCUCACUUUUACACAGUAUGCCCUAUCAGCAAUGUCAGAUUCAUUAGUAGUUUAAAAAGAGCUAUUCUUGCAGGUAAACACGAAAUCUGACAAGGUGCACGAUUGUGAAAGAGAACAGCUCGUCUUGGCAAAUCAAAGAUCAGCAUUUGUCCAUAAUUUCCUUGAAUUUCUUUGCACCUUUUAGAAGGCUACAGUUAAAUGACCACAAUAGAUACAAUUAUUAUUAUGCUGACUGCAUGUGGAUCAGUCAUGUCCUUAUAUGGAAACAUUGUAAUUUAAAUAGUUUAGUUCGUCUAUUCAUUCUACCUCGCCCUCUUUGGGAAAGAGCAGACUUUCUUGCCAGGACUUGAAUUUCACAGCACUUCCUUUCACCCUGAGUAUGGCGUUAUUUCAGGACAUUUACUGCAUACUUUGUGGAGGCUGUAAGACAAUCCAUGGUCGGAGCACAAAAGACGCUUCAGGGACGGGAUGUUUUUAUUUCACUGAAAUUUAGUACAGAAUUAAAAGCUAUUUGAGGAGAUCUUGCUAGAUUGUUUUUGUUGUAUGACUGAUUUUUCAUACCUCAGAUAAUUUUUUUCUAACCAAAAGGAAUAAAAAGGUGGUACGUUUACUUCACUUCUGGAAACAUUUGAAACACCAGGAAGACCGCUUUUGUCUCCAGCCUUUAGCUGAGUCUGCACUGCCCCCGCAUGGCCGUAUUUUCACAUUACAGCGAUGUGAGCCUAUUGAUGAGUGACAUUUGAUUUGAAUACAGAGACUAUAAGUUGAAAUAAUAAACAAAGUUGGAGAAGGGUAAAUGAUGUAAGGAAUAAGGACAACUAAAAAUGCAGGUGAAAAAGGAUUAGUUAGCACAAGUAUCUGAGUAAAAAGAAAGUAAAAACACAAAAUGGUCUUAAACAAAGAAUCCGAGAAGAAAAAAAGGUGAAAGGCGGUGAAAGUAGACGUACUGUUAGUAGUGUAUUUCUGAAGAGCUGCAGUUUGUCGUCAAGUUACUCCUGUUUGAACGAUCAACUAUGCUAUGACCACAUAUACUGUGUGUGGUCAGUUGUAUUGUAGAGAUAAUGGGACUUUUUUGGGUUGGUGCAUGAAUAGGGUAAAAACAAAAAUAAAACAAGCUUAACCUAAUCAGUGCUAUUAACACACUGUAGGUUAAAAUGAAAACAACAUAUUUAAUUAUGCUACGUUUUACUACCUUACCAAAUGUAGACCAUAAAUAUAAGAUACCAUUGCUACAAAAUCUAAGUACGAGUUUCACUGCAUUAUCAAAAGCACGGGGUACAAAGAGACACUAGGUAGCACGAGAAUACUAAAAUGAUGUUUAAAAUCAUAAUCAGAAUACUUUAUUAAUCCAUUAAGAAAUUAUGUUUUCCAAGAUAGUAACUGACUAAACUAAAUGAAACUAUACAAUAUAUUACAAAGUUACAAAAUGCAAUGAUGCAUACAAAUAGCUCAAUUAUAAAUAUCUCAGUUUAAAACCCAAAUUAAAUAUAUACUUUGAAAUUGUGGUGCCCCUCUUAUCAUACUGUAAGACUUUAUUUUCUCUGUGAAAAUGUGAGAAUGUGCAAAAAUUAAGGGUGUAAAAAUGUUUUAAAAAAAACUGUUAAUACACUCAACAGUGACUUCACGAAGGGUAAUUGUCACUGUCUCAUUUCUAUUCCUCUUUUACAUGAUGUCUUAGCAUUCCUGGGCAUUGAAUUGAUCUGUAUUUAUAACUGAUUGUAUAUUGUAUUCAGUAUAUCACUCACAGAGCCAUACAUUAUUACUGAGCUAAGCAACACAUCAAUACACACAGGCCUGGAGCUACGUUAUGUAAAACAGGUUGAAGAUGACCUCAACUAGAAAUGCAACACAAUUUCUUCUCUUUAUAUCUGCAGUGAUCUUGUUGUGGAGAGUUGGCUGCGGCGGAAAGAUUUUGAUUGUUCCUUUCGAAGGAAGCCACUGGGUCAACAUGGACAUCAUGAUCAAAGCUCUUCAUGCUCGGGGACACUCUGUCGAUGUGGUACGAACCAAUCAAAGCUGGUACAUCAAAGAUGACUUCCCACACUACAAACCAAUCACAGUUCCUGUUGUUGAAGUUUUUAAUCAAGAUUUUCUUAACCUCAUUCUGAAAAGGGUAUUUAGCAUUGAAAGGGGGGAAAGCUCGGUUUUUAGCUUUUUGAGUUUGCAGGUUGAAAUGUUUAAUGCCAUGUAUGAUAUGCAUGGGAUCAUAUGCAAAAUGGCUACUAUCAUGCUUGAAGAUGAGAACUUGAUGAGUAAUUUAAAGGUGCGCAAAUAUGACCUAGUCCUCACUGACCCAGCAUGGGGUGCAGGCAUAUUAAUCGCUCAUGCUCUGAAAUUACCUCUGAUCUAUAAUGUACGAUUCGCAACUAGUGGGGAGGGACACUUAGCCAUUGCACCUUCUCCAUUAUCUUAUAUCCCAAUAACUGGUUCUGGACUGACAGACAGCAUGACUUUCAUACAGAGAGUCAAAAAUCUAAUUUGCUAUGUCAUCUGGCAAGCACAGGACAUAUUUUUAAUCCGCCCUCAGUAUCAAGCUGUUUGCAAUAAAUUCUUUGGCUCAGAUGUUACAUAUAGUGGCUUAUUACACAGCGCAGACCUGUGGCUCAUGAGAGUGGACUUUGUGUUCGAGUUCCCUCGACCGACCAUGCCGAAUGUUAUUUAUAUAGGAGGAUUUCAGUGUAAGCCUUCAGAACCACUUCCCGAACACUUGGAGGACUUUGUGCAGAGUUCUGGAGAGCAUGGCUUCAUCCUCAUGUCUCUGGGGACUUUUGUGACUGAACUUCCUGCUGAUAUAACAAAUGAGAUAGCUGCAGCUUUUGCUAAACUGCCACAAAAAGUCAUCUGGAAGUAUAAAGGUGACAGGCCAGAUGCUCUGGGUAAUAACACUUUAUUAGUUGAUUGGAUGCCACAGAAUGACCUUUUAGGACAUCCUAAAAUAAAACUAUUUGUGUCACAUGGAGGAACAAAUGGAGUCCAGGAAGCUAUUCAUCAUGGAGUCCCAGUUGUCGGUCUACCUGUGUUUUUUGACCAGUAUGAUAACCUGCUUCGCUUGAAAGAAAAAGGAGCAGCUAAAAUUCUUACAUUAGCCAUUGUGGAUAAAGAUGAUAAUUUUCUGAAGGCCAUACAGGAAGUCCUGAGUGAUCCCUCCUACAGGGCGAACAUGCAGAGACUUUCCAGGCUGCACAGAGAUAAACCAGUAAAGCCACUGGAUAACGCCCUCUUCUGGAUAGAGUUUGUCAUGAGGCACAAAGGAGCAGCUCACCUGAAAGCAGAGUCCUACAGAAUGCCCUGGUAUUCCUACCAAUCUGUAGAUGUAGUACUAUCUUUUCUAGCUGCUGCUGCAAUAAUUACUUUUUUAUCUCUUGUGUUUUUUAGGCUGGUAUGUCUUGAAAAAUGCCUGAAAAUAAAAACUAAUAGGUUGAAUAAGAAAUGAUAAGACAUGGUUUGUGUUAUUUUGCAGAUUUCAGUGAAGUAGUUUUCUCCAGUGUGUUUUGAUAAGUUAUGUUACAAAUCAAAGCUACUGUCAAAUGUGAAAGUUCAUUCAACUGAAUAAAAAUUACAACCAUAAAACCCUGA